GGUUCCAUUAGAGUUUUGGCUUCGAGUUCUGAGAUUCGGUCAUCCUCAGAGCCAUCGCAAGACAUAGCUGAGCUUAAUCAAUGGCGUAAACACUAGUUAAGCUAAAAAGGAAAAACCAUUCCUCUCUUUCCCCCAGUGCUCGCUAAGUUUCUCCCGUUUCGUUCGACAUUUCUACCGACUCAGUUGGCUUCCAAUACAAAACCCUAGAAAAAUGUCGGGCGGAUUCUUCCGGGGUACGUCGGCGGAUCAGGACACGCGGUUCUCGAACAAGCAGGCGAAGCUUUUGAAAUCGCAAAAAUUUGCUCCUGAAUUGGAGCAUUUGGUGGACAUGACGAAGGUGAGCAUGAAUGUUGUCCGACCAUGGAUCGCUAACAGGGUGACAGAACUUCUCGGAUUUGAAGAUGAAGUGCUUAUCAACUUCAUUUAUGGUCUUUUGGAUGGAAAGGAAGUGAAUGGGAAGCAAGUUCAAAUUUCACUUACUGGAUUUAUGGAAAAGAAUACUGGAAAGUUUAUGAAAGAGCUUUGGACUCUACUACUAAGUGCCCAGAAGAAUGCUAGUGGUGUUCCUCAACAGUUUCUGGAUGCUAAGCAAGAAGAAACGAGGAAGAAGAAGGAGGAGGCUGAUCGGAUAGCAAAUGAAAUUCAGAAGAAGAAAGACAGGGAAAGUAGAGAGCUCGAAGAAGAGAGAUCGAAGGAAAUGGACGGAGGGGUUGAAACGAAAGCAAGUAAUGCUGCCUUGGAGGGGAACUCAAAGCACACAUUGCCGAGGGCUUCGACCGACCAUCUUGAGGAUGAGCAAGAAAUUGAUAAGAGAAAUGGUGUGAGAGCUAGGGACAGCAGAGGCUCACCUUCAAGGUCUAAUACCAGAAGCUAUUCAGAUGAAAGACGAGGCCGGUCAAGGAGUAUGUCCAGGUCGCCAGAAGUACGAGGUCGCUCAAUAACCUCUUCACCACCUAUUCGGAGGCAUUCACCCAGAAAAUCACUCUCUCCUAUUAGAGGAAGAGCAUUGAGGAGAACCCGAUCACCAUCUCCUCCAUGGCGUCGUUCUCUGUAUCAACGUAGAUCACCAUCCCCUAUUCGGCGCCGCAGAUCGCCAUCCCCUGUUCGCCGCCGCAGAUCGCCAUCUCCUGUUCGCCGCCGCAGAUCACCAUCUCCUGUUCGCCGCCGCAGAUCGCCAUCUGUUGUUCGCCGCCGCAGAUCGCCGUCACCUAUUCGGCGCCGCAGAUCGCCAUCACCUGUUCGCCGUCGCAGAUCACCAUCACCUGUUCGCCGCCGCAGAUCGCCGUCUCCUGUUCGCCGUCGAAGGUCACCGUCUCCUUCACGCCGUCGAAGGUCUCCCUCACCUGUUCGUCGCCACCGGUCACCAUUGCCAGUGCGUCACCGGCGGUCGCCAUCACCUGUGCAACGUAGUACGUCACCUUCACCUGUGCAACGCCGUAGAUCUCCUUCACCUAUACGCCGUCGCAUGUCACCCUUGCCAAUGCGAAGGUCACCCACUCCGAUUCAUCGCAGGUUUCCCUCUCCUGUACAACGCAGGUCACAAAGAUCUUCAUCAAUAUCGCAGCAUGAGUAUGCAUCCCCUGCACGCCACAGAUCACCUGUUGCUAGUGGGAGGAGAUCAACUCCUGGAAGUCCCUCUCAUUCACCUUUAGAACGGAGUUCUUCUCCUGUUCGUCACCGUUCCCAUUCACCAAUCAGGAUGAAAUCUCCAAAGCACCGGAAAAGAUCUUCCAUGCAAUUGCCCAAUGAAAGAAUGAGGUCCUCUAGUUCUCUGAGGUCACUGCAGAGAGAAUCAAGGAGUCAAAAUGAUUCCCAUAACAUAAUUUUGUCCCAAUCACCAUCGCCAGAGAGAUCUCCAGCAAGGUCAAGAUCACCAUCGGGUGAAGGGAAAAGUGAUGGUGCAGAAAGGAGUCCACAUGAGAAUGCUUCGAGACAACCAAGGGGGCGAAUGACUCGGGAUGUUAGCUUUAGUCCUGCAAGGAAACAAAAAGAACUGAAAGAUCAUUGCAAUAGCCCAGAAGUGAAUGAAGAAAGGAAGGAGAGGAUUAGAAUCCCUGAUACUCCCGAUCGACAAAGGUCCCCAGCAGCAUAUAGAGACUCACCACCAGAUGAUAGGCAGCAGGCGUUAUAUUCUGGUGAAGGUAGAAAAUCUGAGGAGAAAAACCGCUCUCGUUCGAACAAUGCCAAGGAGAGCAAUCAGGAUUCUAGAUUAGAUUCUACACACACAUCAGUUGAAAAAAUUGGUAAUGACCGUAGUGGCAUUGAUUCGGAUUCCGAGGAAAAUGUAAAGUGCAAAAUUGGAGAUAAGGAAAGGAGAAAGCAUAAAAGAUCUGAAAGACUAAAAGCAGCUUCAGAUGAUAAUUACAUUUCUGAUUCUGAAAAAGAGGAAAGGAAGGAAGCUAAGAGGAGAAGAAAAGAGGAAAAGAGAUUGCGCAAGGAGAAGAAGCGGCAAAAACGCGAGGACAGACGUCGCAGAAGAGAAGAGCGUCGCUCAGAGAAGCUGAGAGGCAAGCACCAAAGUGAUGCUUCUGCUUCAGAUGGUGAAUAUGGCAAAAGGAGGGAAUCUCGUACAAGGGGGAAUGACGAGAAGGAAACUGAGCAGAAAAGGCUUGAGAUUGUGUUGCGGAAUAAGGCUCUGGAAUCACUUAAAGCGAAGAAGGGUGUCAGUCACUGAAUUUAGUAAUUGCUGGUGUGGAAUAUUAAGCUGUCAUAAGUGUCAUGUUAUUUUUCUGAUCGUAUUAAGCUGUUACAUUAAGAUGUUUUAGGGAAAUAGUCUGUUGGAUUGAGAGUUCUUCAAUAUUUUAUUCUGUUUAAUGUAGUCCGUGUUUACUCCUGGCAGUUGAAAUGGAUAAUGAGGAUUUCCUGGCUUAUCUCUUGAGUGCAACUUUAUGCAGGCCUUGCUGCUAGAUUUGUUUGGUAAUAAUCGUCUUCCCUCAGUCGGGAAUUUGAUU